CUGCACGGCAGUGAGAGAGAAAGCAAGACAGAAAGAGAGAGAGAGUGACAUAGAGAGCUAGUGUAAGAGCAAAAGAGAGGGGGAGCUGACAGAAGGAUGUGGGAAACUAUACACUGAGGAACUACUCAAACCUGAAGAAUACUUUUAUGACAACGUGUAUGGGAGGUUGGACAGGGACCACAACCUGUGGAGACAAUGGGCAGCUGCACCCCCCCUGUGCCUUCCCUCAAUGUCACCGAGUCAGCCAACAGAUCAUGGGCCAGGGCGGCUGGCGGCGAACCAGGUUACAGUGAGGUAGAGAUGGUCCUCCUAGGCAUGGUUAUGUCACUGCUGGUCGUUGGCAUCGUGUUCGGCAACAUCCUGGUCAUCAUAGCCAUCUACCGGUUCCAAAGACUGCAGAACAUCACCAACUGCUUCAUCACCUCUCUGGCCUGUGCCGACCUCGUCAUGGGUCUCAUCGUGGUGCCGUUCGGCGCCUGCUACAUUAUCUUCAACACCUGGCACUUCGGCAGCUUCUGGUGUGAGUUCUGGACUGCCACUGACGUGUUGUGUGUGACGGCCAGCAUCGAGACGCUCUGCGUGAUAGCGCUGGACCGUUACCUGGCCAUAACCUCUCCGUUCCGCUACCAGUCUCUGCUGACCAAGUGUAAGGCGCGCGUGGUGGUCCUGCUGGUGUGGGUGAUUGCAGGACUCAUCUCCUUCUUACCCAUCCACAUGAAGUGGUGGAUCAGUGACGACGCGGAGGCAAAGGCCUGCAUCCAGAACAGCAACUGCUGUGACUUCAACACCAACACAGCCUACGCCAUCACCUCCUCCAUCAUCUCCUUCUACAUCCCCUUAGUCGUCAUGGUGUUUGUCUACAGCCGCGUGUUCCAGGAGGCCAAGCAGCAACUACGCAAGAUCGACCGCAGCGAGGGGCGCUUCCACGCCCAUAACAACAACAUGGCAGGAGGAGCAGGGGUGGAGAAUAACAACGAGAGCCGAGGAGUUGGAGGAGGAUUCAGGAAGACCAAGUUCUGCCUGCGGGAACACAAGGCCCUGAAGACCCUCGGGAUCAUCAUGGGGAUCUUCACGCUGUGCUGGCUACCCUUCUUCGUCCUCAACGUGGUGGUAGCCAUCUGGAAGGUAGGGGACAUCGGACUUGCCUUCAGGAUACUCAACUGGAUAGGUUAUGCCAACUCUGCAUUCAACCCCUUGAUCUACUGCAGGAGCCCUGAGUUCAGAUACGCAUUCAAGGAGAUCCUGUGCAUCAAGAAGGUCCGGUUCCCCAACAUAGGGCCUACUAAUGGAUACGUGUACAGCGGACACAGCUGGCAGAGUGAGCAGCAGGGAGGGAGGAGUAAGGGGAGCUCGGAGGACAGUGACCCAGCUGCAGACGGGAGCUCUGGGAGGGGAGAGGCAGGUGGGGGUGGAGCUGCAGACGGAACGGACCCGAACGGGAACUGCAGUAAAGGGUUAACAAUUGUACUUUAACCCCCUCACCUUGCUAAGGGAAGUGAACAACCUUUGGAACAGACAGACAUGUUUCACAGUUAUCGCCCAUUGUCACUUCACCAAGUCACUGAGAUGAGACUGGAUGGAUGGAUGGAUGGAUGGAUGGAUGGAUGGAUGGAGGGUGAAUGGUGAGCGAGUAGCACAGGUGAGACUUGUUAGAUUGAGGACAGGAGAGGAAUUUGUUACAUUUCACCAGUAAGUUUGCUAAGUUGAAUGCAUAUUUAGAGAGAGAGAGAUCAUGUAGAUUGUUUCAUCUACCUCACCUUGUCGUUUCAGAUAUCUAUACGUUCUUAUCAUGUAUAAUCUAAAUGUGUCACAUUGAUUCACUGACCACAGAAACCAGACUGGCUCAUAAAUCCAGAAGAUAAUUUUACUCUGUGUCCACCCAUACGUGAAAUGUAUGCACACAUUAAUGUAUGUUGCUUUGGAUAAAAGUGUCUGCUAAAUGGCAUAUAUCAUUAUGAAUAAUUGGUGAGAGAGAGAGAGAGAGGGAGAGACAGAGAGAGACAGAAAGAGAGAGAGAGAGACAGAGAGAGAGAGAGACAGAAAGAGAGAGAGAGAUACAGAAAGAGAGAGACAGAGAGAGACAGAGAGAGACAGAAAGAGAGAGAGAGAGACAGAGAGAGAGAGAGACAGAAAGAGAGAGAGAGAUACAGAAAGAGAGAGAGAGAGACAGAGAUCCUGGUCCAAAUGGACCAUGUUCCAUUUGUUUUUCCAUGGACCAUUUUCUCGAGUUUCACACACAACAUCAUUUUUUUUGUUGAGUUGGGCACACAUGGCUUUUGCAUUCAAUGACUUAACUGUCAAUUGAUAAUCGCUGCUGUGCCACACCUCCCCGAGCCUUAAUGAUCUAACCCAGUGUCACAUCAGCCCUCCCGUCACCUCUCUCCUCUCGUCAACUCUCUGCUCUAUCUUUACCCUUCUAGACAGAAGUCAAUUUCCUCUCCCAGGUCUCCCGGUGUUGCUAGCAGAAGUCAGUGGUUAGUCUGCAGUUUGUUGACUGGAUCUGUCGUUGUCGUUCUGGAAAGUAGCCAUGUUUACUGAGAGCAGAGUCAGUAGUUUCCUCAGUGAUCGGAGGGAAGGGUACAGACCGACUCCAUGGAAUAACAAACAGUCUGUGGAACCAGGCCAGAGAUAACAGUGUCCCUGUCUCCUGCCCUAGAGGUGCUGCUUACAGGACCCAGGCAGGCUGCGUCUGAAAUGGCACCCCAUUCCCUAUCUCUUGCAGUACUUUUGACCAGGGCCCUAUACGGUCAGACCAGUCAACAUGCAUGAGACAACAGGUGGACUGGGCGAUUGAGAUGUUUCUAAUCAGGGUGUGAUCGCUGGUGGGUCUUUGGUUCUCUGUGAAGUUUUCCCAAAGUAAACUGAAUUCUGAAUCGUUCACGAUAUCUGUGCAAUGAUACAACUAGACAAUGACCUAUUUCUACAGCUGUUGAUGAUGUCUGUAUCAAUUAGUUUCCCUCUCUGUUUCCCUGUCCUCUCGGUGAGCAUUUAUCUCUGUGUCUAUCUCUGUGUCUAUCUCUAUCUCUGUAUCUAUCUCUGUAGUUCUCCCUGUAUCUAUCUCCUCUCCCAUUUCUCUAUUUAUCUCUCUCUCUCCCUCUCUCUCUGACUUGUUUCUCACCAGGAAAUGCCUGCGUUGUUGCAGGGCUGAGCCCGGUCCAGGCCGAUAAACAGGGGAUAAAUCCAUUAUCUCUGCUGUUUAGUUGGGGAAUUCGAUGACUCCCUCCCUCCUAAACAACAGUCGCAUGCAGGGAGCGAUCUCUAGAUUAGGAUGUAUAACGUUUUCCCAGUCUGACAGACGGUUAGCAGGAGGAGCACAGGGCUCAGGUCUCUAAUGGGACACCUAUUCCUCACACUCCUGAAGUCUCUAAUGGGACACCUAUUCCUCACACUCCUGAAGUCUCUAAUGGGACACCUAUUCCUCACACUCCUGAAGUCUCUAAUGGGACAUCUAUUCCUCACACUCUUCAAGUCUCUAAUGGGACAUCUAUUCCUCACACCCCUCAAGUCUCUAAUGGGACACCUAUUCCUCACACUCUUCAAGUCUCUAAUGGGACACCUAUUCCUCACACUCCUCAAGUCUCUAAUGGGACACCUAUUCCUCACACUCCUGAAGUCUCUAAUGGGACACCUAUUCCUCACACUCCUGAAGUCUCUAAUGGGACACCUAUUCCUCACACUCCUGAAGUCUCUAAUGGGACACCUAUUCCUCACACUCCUGAAGUCUCUAAUGGGACACCUAUUCCUCACACUCCUGAAGUCUCUAAUGGGACACCUAUUCCUCACACUCCUGAAGUCUCUAAUGGGACAUCUAUUCCUCACACUCUUCAAGUCUCUAAUGGGACAUCUAUUCCUCACACCCCUCAAGUCUCUAAUGGGACACCUAUUCCUCACACUCUUCAAGUCUCUAAUGGGACACCUAUUCCUCACACUCCUCAAGUCUCUAAUGGGACACCUAUUCCUCACACUCCUGAAGUCUCUAAUGGGACACCUAUUCCUCACACUCCUGAAGUCUCUAAUGGGACACCUAUUCCUCACACCCCUGAAGUCUCUAAUGGGACAUCUAUUCCCCAUACUCCUCAAGCGUCGCGGCUGUGUCCCAAAUUAUACACAACUUUACUCACCAUAAGGCCACUUCCCCUAAGUGUUUUAGACAUAACCCUGAUCAAUUCCCCUUGCUGUUUUAUGCAUUACCCUGACCAAUUCCCCUUGCUGUUUUAGACAUUACCCUGACCAAUUCCCCUUGCUGUUUUAGACAUUACCCUGACCAAUUCCCCUAGCUGUUUUAGACAUUACCCUGACCAAUUCCCCUAGCUGUUUUAGACAUAACCCUGACCAAUUCCCCUAGCUGUUUUAGACAUAACCCUGACCAAUUCCCCUAGCUGUUUUAGACAUUACCCUGACCAAUUCGCCUAGCUGUUUUAGACAUAACCCUGACCAAUUCCCCUAGCUGUUUAAGACAUAACCCUGACCAAUUCCCCUUGCUGUUUUAGGCAUUACCCUGACCAAUUCCCCUAGCUGUUUUAGACAUAACCCUGACCAAUUCCCCUAGCUGUUUUAGACAUAACCCUGACCAAUUCCCCUUGCUGUUUUAGACAUAACCCUGACCAAUUCCCCUAGCUGUUUUAGACAUUACCCUGACCAAUUCCCCUUGCUGUUUUAGACAUAACCCUGACCAAUUCCCCUUGCUGUGUUAGACAUAACCCUGACCAAUUCCCCUAGCCGUUUUAGACAUUACCCUGACCAAUUCCCCUUGCUGUUUUAGACAUAACCCUGACCAAUUCCCCUAGCUUUGUUAGACAUAACCCUGACCAAUUCCCCUAGCUGUUUUAGACAUUACCCUGACCAAUUCCCCUUGCUGUUUUAGACAUAACCCUGACCAAUUCCCCUAGCUGUUUUAGACAUUACCCUGACCAAUUCCCCUUGCUGUUUUAGACAUAACCCUGACCAAUUCCCCUAGCUGUUUUAGACAUAACCCUGACCAAUUCCCCUAGCUGUUUUAGACAUUACCCUGACCAAUUCCCCUAGCCGUGUUAGACAUAACCCUGACCAAUUCCCCUAGCCGUUUUAGACAUUACCCUGACCAAUUCCCCUAGCCGUUUUAGACAUUACCCUGACCAAUUCCCCUAGCUGUUUUAGACAUAACCCUGAACAAUUCCCCUAGCUGUUUAAGACAUAACCCUGACCAAUUCCCCUUGCUGUUUUAGGCAUUACCCUGACCAAUUCCCCUAGCUGUUUUAGACAUAACCCUGACCAAUUUCCCUAGCUGUUUUAGACAUUACCCUGACCAAUUCCCCUAGCUGUGUUAGACAUAACCCUGACCAAUUCCCCUAGCUGUUUAAGACAUAACCCUGACCAAUUCCCCUUGCUGUUUUAGACAUAACCCUGACCAAUUCCCCUAGCUGUUUUAGACAUUACCCUGACCAAUUCCCUUUGCUGUUUUAGACAUUACCCUGACCAAUUCCCCUAGCUGUUUUAGACAUAACCCUGACCAAUUCCCCUAGCUGUUUUAGACAUAACCCUGACCAAUUCCCCUAGCUGUUUUAGACAUUACCCUGACCAAUUCCCCUAGCCGUGUUAGACAUUACCCUGACCAAUUCCCCUUGCUGUUUUAGACAUAACCCUGACCAAUUCCCCUAGCUGUUUUAGACAUAACCCUGACCAAUUCCCCGAGCUGUUUUAGACAUAACCCUGACCAAUUCCCCUAGCUGUUUUAGACAUAACCCUGACCAAUUCCCCUAGCUGUUUUAGACAUUACCCUGACCAAUUCCCCUUGCUGUUUUAGACAUAACCCUGACCCAUUCCCCUUGCUGUUUUAGACAUUACCCUGACCAAUUCCCCUAGCUGUUUUAGACAUUACCCUGACCAAUUCCCUUUGCUGUUUUAGACAUUACCCUGACCAAUUCCCCUUGCUGUUUUAGACAAAACCCUGACCAAUUCCCCUAGCUUUGUUAGACAUAACCCUGACCAAUUCCCCUAGCUGUUUUAGACAUUACCCUGACCAAUUCCCCUUGCUGUUUUAGACAUAACCCUGACCAAUUCCCCUAGCUGUUUUAGACAUUACCCUGACCAAUUCCCCUUGCUGUUUUAGACAUAACCCUGACCAAUUCCCCUAGCCGUUUUAGACAUUACCCUGACCAAUUCCCCUAGCCGUGUUAGACAUAACCCUGACCAAUUCCCCUAGCCGUUUUAGACAUUACCCUGACCAAUUCCCCUAGCCGUUUUAGACAUUACCCUGACCAAUUCCCCUAGCUGUUUUAGACAUUACCCUGACCAAUUCCCCUAGCUGUGUUAGACAUAACCCUGACCAAUUCCCCUAGCUGUUUAAGACAUUACCCUGACCAAUUCCCCUUGCUGUUUUAGACAUAACCCUGACCAAUUCCCCUAGCUGUUUUAGACAUAACCCUGACCAAUUCCCCUUGCUGUUUUAGACAUUACCCUGACCAAUUCCCCUUGCUGUUUUAGACAUAAGCCUGACCAAUUCCCCUUUCUGUUUUAGACAUUACCCUGACCAAUUCCCCUAGCUGUUUUAGACAUUACCCUGACCAAUUCCCCUAGCUGUUUUAGACAUUACCCUGACCAAUUCCCCUUGCUGUUUUAGACAUUACCCUGACCAAUUCCCCUUGCUGUUUUAGACAUUACCCUGACCAAUUCCCCUAGCUGUUUUAGACAUUACCCUGACCAAUUCCCCUUGCUGUUUUAGACAUUACCCUGACCAAUUCCCCUUGCUGUUUUAGACAUAAGCCUGACCAAUUCCCCUUUCUGUUUUAGGCAUUACCCUGACCAAUUCCCCUAGCUGUUUUAGACAUAACCCUGACCAAUUCCCCUAGCUGUUUUAGACAUAACCCUGACCAAUUCCCCUUGCUGUUUUAGACAUUACCCUGACCAAUUCCCCUUGCUGUUUUAGACAUAAGCCUGACCAAUUCCCCUUGCUGUUUUAGACAUUACCCUGACCAAUUCCCCUUGCUGUUUUAGACAUUACCCUGACCAAUUCCCCUAGCUGUUUUAGACAUUACCCUGACCAAUUCCCCUAGCUGUGUUAGACAUAACCCUGACCAAUUCCCCUAGCUGUUUAAGACAUAACCCUGACCAAUUCCCCUUGCUGUUUUAGACAUAACCCUGACCAAUUCCCCUAGCUGUUUUAGACAUUACCCUGACCAAUUCCCUUUGCUGUUUUAGACAUUACCCUGACCAAUUCCCCUAGCUGUUUUAGACAUUACCCUGACCAAUUCCCCUAGCUGUGUUAGACAUAACCCUGACCAAUUCCCCUAUCUGUUUAAGACAUAACCCUGACCAAUUCCCCUUGCUGUUUUAGACAUAACCCUGACCAAUUCCCCUAGCUGUUUUAGACAUUACCCUGACCAAUUCCCUUUGCUGUUUUAGACAUUACCCUGACCAAUUCCCCUAGCUGUUUUAGACAUUACCCUGACCAAUUCCCCUUGCUGUUUUAGACAUAACCCUGACCAAUUCCCCUAGCUGUUUUAGACAUAACCCUGACCAAUUCCCCUUGCUGUUUUAGACAUUACCCUGACCAAUUCCCCUUGCUGUUUUAGACAUAAGCCUGACCAAUUCCCCUUUCUGUUUUAGACAUUACCCUGACCAAUUCCCCUAGCUGUUUUAGACAUUACCCUGACCAAUUCCCCUAGCUGUUUUAGACAUUACCCUGACCAAUUCCCCUUGCUGUUUUAGACAUAACCCUGACCAAUUCCCCUAGCUGUUUUAGACAUAACCCUGACCAAUUCCCCUUGCUGUUUUAGACAUUACCCUGACCAAUUCCCCUUGCUGUUUUAGACAUAAGCCUGACCAAUUCCCCUUUCUGUUUUAGACAUUACCCUGACCAAUUCCCCUAGCUGUUUUAGACAUUACCCUGACCAAUUCCCCUAGCUGUUUUAGACAUUACCCUGACCAAUUCCCCUUGCUGUUUUAGACAUUACCCUGACCAAUUCCCCUUGCUGUUUUAGACAUAAGCCUGACCAAUUCCCCUUGCUGUUUUAGGCAUUACCCUGACCAAUUCCCCUAGCUGUUUUAGACAUAACCCUGACCAAUUCCCCUAGCUGUUUUAGACAUAACCCUGACCAAUUCCCCUUGCUGUUUUAGACAUUACCCUGACCAAUUCCCCUUGCUGUUUUAGACAUAAGCCUGACCAAUUCCCCUUGCUGUUUUAGACAUUACCCUGACCAAUUCCCCUUGCUGUUUUAGACAUUACCCUGACCAAUUCCCCUAGCUGUUUUAGACAUUACCCUGACCAAUUCCCCUAGCUGUGUUAGACAUAACCCUGACCAAUUCCCCUAGCUGUUUAAGACAUAACCCUGACCAAUUCCCCUUGCUGUUUUAGACAUAACCCUGACCAAUUCCCCUAGCUGUUUUAGACAUUACCCUGACCAAUUCCCUUUGCUGUUUUAGACAUUACCCUGACCAAUUCCCCUAGCUGUUUUAGACAUUACCCUGACCAAUUCCCCUAGCUGUGUUAGACAUAACCCUGACCAAUUCCCCUAUCUGUUUAAGACAUAACCCUGACCAAUUCCCCUUGCUGUUUUAGACAUAACCCUGACCAAUUCCCCUAGCUGUUUUAGACAUUACCCUGACCAAUUCCCUUUGCUGUUUUAGACAUUACCCUGACCAAUUCCCCUAGCUGUUUUAGACAUUACCCUGACCAAUUCCCCUUGCUGUUUUAGACAUAACCCUGACCAAUUCCCCUAGCUGUUUUAGACAUAACCCUGACCAAUUCCCCUUGCUGUUUUAGACAUUACCCUGACCAAUUCCCCUUGCUGUUUUAGACAUAAGCCUGACCAAUUCCCCUUUCUGUUUUAGACAUUACCCUGACCAAUUCCCCUAGCUGUUUUAGACAUUACCCUGACCAAUUCCCCUAGCUGUUUUAGACAUUACCCUGACCAAUUCCCCUUGCUGUUUUAGACAUAACCCUGACCAAUUCCCCUAGCUGUUUUAGACAUAACCCUGACCAAUUCCCCUUGCUGUUUUAGACAUUACCCUGACCAAUUCCCCUUGCUGUUUUAGACAUAAGCCUGACCAAUUCCCCUUGCUGUUUUAGACAUUACCCUGACCAAUUCCCCUAGCUGUUUUAGACAUUACCCUGACCAAUUCCCCUAGCUGUAGACAGUCUUGUGAUCAACUCAACAGUAUGCUAUGAUCAUAGUAGUUCCACGUUAAAUGUAGCUACUGUCAGCCUGGCUUUCCUCUACCUUUCCAUAACAGUGUUAGUGUCCUGUGUGUGUGUGUGUGUGUGUGUGUGUGUGUGUGUGUGUGUGUGUGUGUGUGUGUGUGUGUGUGUGUGUGUGUGUGUGUGUGUGUGUGUGUGUGUGUGUGUGUGUGCAUGUGGCUUUGCGUCUCAAGUGUUGCCAGCUAACGGUGUUGAAACUGUGAAUGUUGUUAUUUUGGAGGAACAUCUUUGUCCUGUACUGUAGCUUUGGCAGGCACCACUUGUUGUCAAAAGUCCUGCUGCACAAAAAAAUAAGUCAAUAUGGGUACAUUUGUGCCUAGCAAAUAAAUAAAACAUUUUUAUUGGAUUUUGUGUUUAAAUUCAUAAAUACGUGGUGAAAGCAAUAAUUGUUUUUAUUUUCGUUACUUUAUGUAAUGUUCAAAUUUAGUAACCAUCUCACUACUUUUGCAGUAGUAGCUUACAAAAAACAAAAAUUGUAGAAAAAAUACAUUGUUUUAGACUUUGAUCCAUGGACAUGAAGAACCCACAUCUGAAGGAAUGCAUUCUGAAGCUUGCAUGUGUGCUCUGUGUGUGUGCUCUGUGUGUGUGCUCUGUGUGUGUUUGCGUGUAUUGAACAUUUAUGUGCUGUUUUUUAAUACUGUGGUCUGCUGUGUUUCAUGUGUUUUGGAAAUCUCUGUGACGUUUUUUUAAUAGUAUAGUCUGCUGUGUUUCGUGUAUAUUGGACAUCUCUCUGUCAUUUCUUUUAUACUGUGGGCUGUUGUGUCAAAAAAAAGUAAAUAAUAAAAGCUUCUAAAGAAGAACAUCCAGCAUAAACUGACCAUCUACACUGCUCCCUAUUGGUCCUCUCCUGGCCAUCUACACUGCUUCCUAUUGGUCCUCUCCUGGCCAUCUACACUGCUCCCUCCUGGUCCUCUCCUGGCCAUCUACACUGCUCCCUAUUGGUCCUCUCCUGACCAUCUACACUGCUCCCUAUUGGUCCUCUCCUGGCCAUCUACACUGCUCCCUAUUGGUCCUCUCCUGACCAUCUACACUGCUCCCUAUUGGUCCUCUCCUGGCCAUCUACACUGCUCCCUAUUGGUCCUCUCCUGGCCAUCUACACUGCUCCCUCCUGGUCCUCUCCUGGACAUCUACUCUGCUCCCUCCUAGUCCUCUCCUGGCCAUCUACACUGGUCCCUAUUGGUCCUCUCCUGACCAUCUACACUGCUCCCUAUUGGUCCUCUCCUGGCCAUCUACACUGCUCCCUAUUGGUCCUCUCCUGACCAUCUACACUGCUCCCUAUUGGUCCUCUCCUGGCCAUCUACACUGCUCCCUAUUGGUCCUCUCCUGACCAUCUACACUGAUCCCUAUUGGUCCUCUCCUGGCCAUCUACACUGCUCCCUAUUGGUCCUCUCCUGGCCAUCUACACUGCUCCCUAUUGGUCCUCUCCUGGCCAUCUACACUGCUCCCUAUUGGUCCUCUCCUGGCCAUCUACUCUGCUCCCUGCUGGUCCUCUCCUGGCCAUCUACACUGCUCCCUAUUGGACCUCUCCUGGCCAUCUACACUGCUCCCUAUUGGUCCUCUCCUGGCCAUCUACACUGCUCCCUAUUGGUCCUCUCCUGGCCAUCUACACUGCUCCCUAUUGGUCCUCUCCUGACCAUCUACACUGCUCCCUAUUGGUCCUCUCCUGACCAUCUACACUGCUCCCUAUUGGUCCUCUCCUGGCCAUCUACACUGCUCCCUAUUGGUCCUCUCCUGGCCAUCUACUCUGCUCCCUAUUGGUCCUCUCCUGGCCAUCUACUCUGCUCCCUAUUGGUCCUCUCCUGGCCAUCUACUCUGCUCCCUGCUGGUCCUCUCCUGGCCAUCUACACUGCUCCCUAUUGGACCUCUCCUGGCCAUCUACUCUGCUCCCUGCUGGUCCUCUCCUGGCCAUCUACACUGCUCCCUAUUGGUCCUCUCCUGGCCAUCUACACUGCUCCCUCCUGGCCAUCCCCUCUCCCUGCACCUUGGCUCUGUGUGUGUCAAAGUUCACUGUGGUGUGUGUGGGUGCAGGUCUUUACAUGCUUGCAGGGCCCUAGCCUUUUGACCCCCCCCCACACACACACACACACACACACACACACACACACACACACACCUUGCAGGAAGAAAAAAGAAAUGCCCCCCCCUCUUGACAGCGUAGAGAAAAAAUAUUUAUUUUAGAUUUAAUAAAACAUUUUAUAGUUAGUAAAAACGUUUGAGUUAAUCAAAUGUUUUAGCGUUAAUAGGACUGAGUAAGUUAACAUUUUAGAGUAAUCCUGCAAUUCUACACAUUUUGCCUUGACUUAUUCCAUGAUCAUUUGAUAUCUGAGUGAUAAUGACUAACAAAAUCAAUGGGGGCCCCCUGGAGGUCAGGAUCCCUAGGCACAUGCCCUGUGUGCCUGGUUGGUAAUUUGACCAGGAUUAGAUAGCUGAUAGCUGGCUAGACUAAUUUACCAAUUCAAAAAUUGUUAGCUGACAUGGUCUAACUGAGUGACUAUCAGUGACUGACAUAACAAGAGAAAAAGUGCUGAUGCACAAACACAUUGUGAAAUUGUACCUGGUGUAUUCUACUAUUCUAACUGUCAGUAGUAAGCUGAAACCCCGACUGAGUUCCUAAAAAAGCAGUCGUCUUAUGCUUAGGGCCGGCCCUGUGUGCUUUUCCUUAAUACGGUGGUGUACUGUAGUGUACAAUCUGUGUCUCUAGUCAGUCAAGCUUAGAGAGAGAGACGAUGUCAUUAUGCGCAAUGAUUCUAGAACCAACUAGCUGACUGCCACAUUCAGCCAAGCACCAUGCAGAGGGGGGGGGGGCACACACAGGAGUAUAUAUACUAACAAUGAUAUGUACAGCAGUAUAUAUACCAAGACUGAUAUGUACAGCAGUAGAUAUACCAAGAAUGAUAUGUACAGCAGUAGAUAUACUAGGAAUGAUAUGUACAGCAGUGGAUAUAAUAGAAAUGAUAUGUACAGCAGUAGAUAUAAUAGGAAUGAUAUGUACAGCAGUAGAUAUACCAAGAAUGAUAUGUACAGCAGUAUAUAUAUACCAAGACUGAUAUGUACAGCAGUAGAUAUACCAAGAAUGAUAUGUACAGCAGUAGAUAUAAUAGGAAUGAUAUGUACAGCAGUAGAUAUACUAAGAAUGAUAUUUACAGCAGUAUAUAUACAAGAAUGAUAUGUACAGCAGUGGAUAUAAUAGAAAUGAUAUGUACAGCAGUAGAUAUAAUAGGAAUGAUAUGUACAGCAGUAGAUAUACCAAGAAUGAUAUGUACAGCAGUAGAUAUAAUAGGAAUGAUAUGUACAGCAGUAUAUAUACUAAGAAUGAUAUUUACAGCAGUAGAUAUAAUAAGAAUGAUAUGUACAGCAGUGGAUAUAAUAGAAAUGAUAUGUACAGCAGUAGAUAUAAUAGGAAUGAUAUGUACAGCAGUAGAUAUAAUAGGAAUGAUAUGUACAGCAGUAGAUAUAAUAGGAAUGAUAUGUACAGCAGUAGAUAUAAUAGGAAUGAUAUGUACAGCAGUAGAUAUAUUAGAGUGAGCUAUGUAAAGAAUCCAGUAUAUACAUAAAUAUGUGGUGUGUAUAAACAGUGUAACUAAAUACAAUGUACAGUAGUAGAAAUAUCCAAAUGAGCUAUGUGGGCAAAACAGUAUUUAAAUACUCAGUGUGAAAUGGGAAGCAUCCAGUGGCUCAAUGCCUUUAUGACAUGGGACAGUUCAUGUAUUAUUUUUACUGUACCUAACUAUGAGUCAUGUGUCCUACAGAAGAACAAGCAGUCUAUGCUAGUGGCCUGUCAAUGGACAUGUUACCACAGACGAAAUACACUUAAGAUACAUCCCAAAUAACACCCUAUUCCCUACAGGGCCCAUAGGGUUCUCAUCAAAAGUAGUGCACUACAUAGGCAAUAGGGUGCCAUUUAGAUUUCACAAUCACACUUAAGAAAUAAAACAGGCCUAGACCUGUAUCUGUAAAUGAACGUGUUGUGUGGUCUGAGUGGAAGUGUUGUAUUAGCUCAAUGUUUACUAGACCUGUAUCUGUAAAUUAACUUGUGUGGUCUGAGUGGAAGUGUUGUAUUAGCUCAAUGUUUACUAGACCUGUAUCUGUAAAUUAACGUGUUGUGUGGUCUGAGUGGAAGUGUUGUAUUAGCUCAAUGUUUACUAGACCUGUAUCUGUAAAUUAACUUGUGUGGUCUGAGUGGAAGUGUUGUAUUAGCUCAAUGUUUACUAGACCUGUAUCUGUAAAUGAACGUGUUGUGUGGUCUGAGUGGAAGUGUUGUAUUAGCUCAAUGUUUACUAGACCUGUAUCUGUAAAUUAACUUGUGUGGUCUGAGUGGAAGUGUUGUAUUAGCUCAAUGUUUACUAGACCUGUAUCUGUAAAUUAACUUGUUGUGUGGUCUGAGUGGAGGUGUUGUAUUGGCUCAAUGUUUACUAUACCUUUCUUUUUCAAGAUAUUUUUGAACAAGAAUAUGUCACUUUUUUGGUUGGGCUUACGAUCCAUGUGCUAAUGUUCUUUGGUAUUUACAAAAUGCAAGUGUGAUCUGAUGAAGUAAUAUUGAAGUAAUAAAUGAUGUAUUUGUUGGUUGUUAUGUA